CAAGGUUUCUCUCAACAGCUGUUCAAGAUCUAAGUCACCUGGCAAUCGGCUUGCAUUCAUAUACGAGAGCGAAUUGGCGUUUCCCCCGCACCGCUGGCCUCCUAAAAACCAUGCCUCCAAAAGGUGCUCCAACACGCAUAAAACCACUACAUUUGCAGACAAUUCAGAAACUGCGAGUUAAGAGCCCGAAUACUCAUCAAGCAAACCCAUGUCUUGCUGCCAUGACAAGCGUUCUGAGUUGUUGGGCUUCAAACCGAUCGGCGAGCAGCGGAUGUUUCGCUUUAGAACAACAAUUAAGAACCUGUAUGGAUAAUGGUAAACCACAACGGAAAGGCAAGAGCACGAUCAAUUACCACCUCAUGCGAAUGUUUCCCAAGAUAUCGGGACCGAGAAAGAAGGACGGCGUGUUUCACUGAGCUUCUACUUAUACAUCUUAUAUUCGGUUCUGCUCCAUUUUCGCUAGAGCUUCUAGUUAUUUUAUGUCAGCACAUUUCAUCUUUUGUAUUAUAUCUAGGUCCCCUCGAACGAACACGGUGAGGUUACUUGGUAGCCCAGGAUUCCCAAUCCUGGCUUUAGUUUUGUUUGUUCUAUACGGUUCAGAGAAAUCAUUUGCGACUGUAUGAGUUGCCAUGUGCUAUGUUGCAUAAGAUGCUCCAAUCGAGUGUUGGACUAUCUGGCCAGGUGCAAGGAGAGCGAAAAAACGAGGAUUCUAAUACCAUCUGCAAGAUAGCUGGAUUAUCUUAUACAAGAAAUUGCUUCCCUUCUUUUCUUGUGGAUUUUCAGAAUCAAAAGAGUCAUGUAUGAUUCAUCCACGUCACGCCAUUCUUCGUUAAUUUACAGGAAGAAUUUCAUGACCCCAUACUUGAGUCAAAAAUUCACUAGUUGAGGUAAAACAAAGCCCGUUACCAUUGACCCUGGCGGAUUUUAGCAGCUUAUCAAAAAACAAAUUUCCACCACCCUCGCUGGACUGAUGCAUAAACAGGACUGCGAAAAGGUAGACAAGAUGGGACAUUAGACGAAGACCAUUGGCCGUCAAACACGUUCGAAUUUCAGUACCAAUCUGUUGUUGGAUGGCCGGACAGUGUAUGCAUCGAUAGGCUCAAUGCCAUCGUCAUCGAUAAUCUUGCUUGUGAAGUCC